CGCGGCCGCCGGAGCAGUUUUGGGGUCCCACCAUGAGCAGCUCCCUGGACCUGGACCGAGCCCCCACCCUGGACGAGCUUCUGAGGGGCUGCGUCGAUGCCUUCGACGCGCAGGGGAAGGUCCGGGACCCCCAACUCGUCCGACUCUUCCUGGCCACGCACCCCUGGUACCUGCCCCAGGCCGAGGUGGCCGCGAAGCUGCUGACCCUGGUGCAGGAGUCGGGGGGCUCGGCCGAGGGUCCCUCCCUGCGCCUCAAGAUCGGCCACUUGGUCCGGUACUGGGUCCGGGCGUUCCCGCGGGAGCUCUCGGGGGACCCCCAGGUUUUGGGGCGGCUGCGGGAAUUGGGGGCGGCGCUGGGGGGGGACCCCGAAACCCCCCUGGACCUCGAGAGCCUCCCGGAGGAAGGUGACGAUGCCGAAGGUGACGAUGCCGGGGGUGUCCCCGGGGGGGGUCCCGCGGGGGGUCCCGGGGGGGUCGUGGCCCCCCCCCGCGCUCGGUUCUCGAUGAUGCUGGAGCCGCUGGAGCCGCCCGAGCUGGCGCUGCUGCUGACGCACCUGGAGCACCGCGGGUUCGCCCGGCUGCGCCUCCGUGACAUCCGCGCCUUCGCGCGCUCCGCGGGCACCUCGAGCUCUCCCGCGCUCCGCCGCUUGGUGGCGCUGUCCAACGGCCUCUCGCGCUGGGUGCAGCUGCGCGUGCUGCGCCCCCUGGCGGCCCCGCAGCGCGCGGCGGCGCUGGGGCAGUGCCUGCACCUGGCACAGAGCCUCCUGGAGCUCCGCAACUUCAACUCCCUCCUGGCCGUGGUCGGCGGGCUCGGCCACGGCUCCAUCGCGCGGCUACGCCGGACCCUGGCGCUGCUGACCCCCCCCCUUAUCCAGCUGUGGGCACAGCUGGCCGAGGCCGUGGGCUCGGGGGGGAACUACCGGGGCUACCGGGCGCUGCUGGAGGGCGCGGGGGGCGCGGGGGGGUUCCGGGUGCCGGCGCUCGGGGUUCACCUGCGGGACCUGGUGUCGCUGGAGGCGGCGCUGCCGGACUGGGGGGGCCCGGGACGCCCCCACCCCAAUAAACUGCGGGCCCGCUUCGCCCUGCAAGGGGCGCUGCUGGCGGGGCGCGAGCAGGGACCCCCCGGGACCCCCCACCCCGACCUGCUGCGGCUGCUGGAGGUGUCGCUGGCGCUCGGGCCCAGCGAGGAGCAGCUCCACCAGAUGUCGCUGCAGCGCGAGCCCCGCGAGAGCGCCCCCGCGGGGCCCCCCCCGGAGCUGCCCCCCGCCCUCCCCCCCGAGCGCUGGGUCCUGCCCGAGCCCCCCCGGCCCGACCCCGCGGGGCUGCGGCCGCGCCUGGAGCAGCUCGUGGAGUCCAUUUUCCGGAACUUCGACGUGGACGGGGACGGGCGGAUCUCGGUGGAGGAAUUUGGGAUCGUGCGGGAAAACUUCCCCCACCUGCCCCCCCUGGGGGAGCUGGACACCGACAUGGACGGGGGGCUCAGCCGGGGGGAGGUUCUGGAUUAUUUCCUGCGCUGCAGCCAAGGACCCCCCCCGGGACCCCCCCACAAUUUCCGGGGGCUGCGGGGGCUGCGCGCGGGGCCCUGCGAGACCUGCGGGAAACUGAUUUGGGGUCUGCACAAGGAUGGGAUGGAGUGCAGCGGCUGCGGCCUGCGCUGUCACAUCGCCUGUCGGGAGCGGCUGCGCCCCGAAUGUCGCCGCCGUGCCCAGAGCGUCGCCGCUGCCCCCCCGGACCCCCCCGGGCCCCCCAAAUCCCGGCCCCGCUCCUUCAGCCUCUCCCUGCCCUGGCCCCGCCGGGCCUCGCUGCGCCCCUCAGACCCCCCCGAGGAGGUGCCGGGUGACGAGGACGGAGUUUUUGACACCCACCUGUGACAGGGUCCCGAAGGCUCCGGCCCCCCCGACCCCGGCUGACCCCGGCCCCCCCCUCACCCCAUGGAUUUAGGGGGGGGGACCCGGCACCCCCCGGGGUUUGGGGGUGGGUUUGGGGGGGGGGGGCUCUGCGUGUCCCGUGGGAAUAAACUCCGUGUCCGCGUGUCCGGCUGUGGGGUCCCUGCAUGCGGCUGGGGGGGGGGGGCAGUGAAUUGGGGGGGGGU